GGGCAAAGCUGGAGCUGAAAGGGAAUUCAGAGGCCUUGGUGACUGCCUGGUUAAGAUCUACAAAUCUGAUGGGAUUAAGGGCCUAUACCAAGGCUUUAACGUGUCUGUGCAGGGUAUUAUCAUCUACCGAGCUGCCUACUUUGGUAUCUAUGACACUGCGAAGGGAAUGCUUCCAGAUCCCAAGAAUACUCAUAUCUUCAUCAGCUGGAUGAUUGCACAGUCUGUCACAGCGGUUGCUGGGUUGACUUCCUAUCCGUUUGACACCGUGCGUCGCCGCAUGAUGAUGCAGUCAGGGCGCAAAGGAACUGAUAUCAUGUACACAGGCACGCUUGACUGCUGGCGGAAGAUCGCUCGUGAUGAAGGAGCCAAAGCCUUUUUCAAAGGCGCGUGGUCCAAUGUCCUCAGAGGCAUGGGUGGUGCUUUUGUGCUUGUCUUGUAUGAUGAGAUCAAGAAGUUCACAUAAGUUAUUUCCUAGUUUUUCUCCCUCUGUGAACAGGCAUGUUGUAUUAUAUCACAUAUCUUGAGCAUUCUUGACAGACUGUUGGCUGUCUAUUUAUCAAUGGCAACUACUUACUGGUUGAAAUGGGAAGCAAUAAUAUUCACUGGACCAGUUUUCUCUUAAAGCCAUUUCCAUGAUGAUGGGACCCAAUUAUAUUUUUUAUUUCAGUCACUCCUGGUAAAUAACAAAUUUGAAGAAAUAAAAAAUAUCUGAAA